CAUGGCGGAGGGACCCAGGUGUACACGCAGAAAACAAGCGAACCCGAGACGAAAAAAAGAACUUCUUGAAGAGAACGAAGCUGAAGAAAAGUGCAACAAAGAAAACAACAAUAGUGACGGUUACCAUAGCAAUGAAAACGAACUGAAUCAGGAUGAGAUGAGCAGCAAUGAUGGUAGUUACCAUGGUGAUGAUGGUUAUCAAAGCAAUAAAGAACUUGGGGAAGAUGAAUGUGCAGCACCUGGUGGAGGAGGAGGAGGAGGAAGAGCAGGCUUGAAUCUACAAGAGUACCUCAGUCGAGGCGAUACAGCAAUAAUUUAUCCCGAGGCGCCGGAUGAUGAGAAUAGCGACCCGUCAGGACAAAAUGGUGAAAGCAAUGAUGAUACCAUUCUUAGUUGUCCAUACUGCGACCGUGUCUACAAGAGAGCCACGUCUUUGAAAGAGCACAUCAAAUACCGCCACGAAAAAAACGCAAACAAUUAUGCCUGCUCAGAGUGCAAUUACAGUUUUGCGUACAAGUCGCAAUUGGAACGUCACAUGGCUACGCACAUGCCCGGAAGAGAUCAAAUCUGCGAGAUCUGUAACAAAGCAUUUGUGAAUAUUUAUCGGCUACAGCGCCACAUGUUAACGCACUCCACGGGCAAUCGAAAGUUUAAGUGUGGAGAAUGUCACAAAGCCUUUAAGUAUAAACACCAUUUAAAAGAACAUUUGAGGAUACACAGCGGGGAGAAACCUUAUGAAUGCACUACGUGUAAAAAACGAUUCUCACAUUCAGGUUCCUAUAGUUCUCAUAUAAGUAGUAAAAAGUGUACACCUUCCAAAUACAUGCCGUCAUUGUUGCUCUCGACAAAAGCCGCUCCAGUUAAACUCAUCUCCGAGGAUAUGAGUCCAGUCACUGGCCCACACAAUAUACAUAAUUAUAUCCCCGGUAGCUUCUAUGAUCAAUCUGAUAAGCCGUCCAAUGAUGAUGACGAUGCUUUGUCCAUCAACGUCAAUACAUCCGAUGAUCAGUCUCAAGAUAAAUCAAUCACCAUAACAUCACCUCCUAAUGAUGCUGUGAAGAAAGUUCUUCAAAUCGUUGGGGCAACAGUCUCCAGGCAACAGAUGGAGGGACAAAAUAAGAAUGUGGCGAAACUAAAGAAAGCAAAGCAGCCUCCAAUGGAGAGAGAAAGCAAGGAUCCAGUGAAUGAAGUCAAAACUGCCGAGAAAAUUGUCAUUCCUGAAAUUCCACGAGAAGAAACUCCUGCUAAGAGUCCACAAGUUAAUCAAAAUAAACGAGUUGAUAAAAAGGGGAAAAGUUAUGACAUAGUUGAUUACACGCUAAGAAAAGUAAAUGAAGCGAAAGCUGUUGAAGCGUUUACAAAUAUCCAUUUUAAAAGAGAUAAAAAUGCCUGUAGAUACUGCCAAGAAAUGUUUUUCAACCCAAUUGAGUUGCACCAGCAUGAACGUUACUUGUGUGAUGAGAAUGAGGACGUGCAGAAAGUAAAAAAUCAUGUCUCCUUGACAAAAUAUAUCAACUUUCAAAGGGAAGUGGUUAGCAUGCAAAAUGACGAUGACCUCCAGUCAAGGAAGCAGUCACAUGAUCAGCAAGAUAAAGCUGAAAUUGAUGAUAUUACAAUGUCACAUGAUAAAGCCUCAUCAUCAGAUGAGUUUGAAGAGGAAGAGGUGGAGGAGGAAAAGGGCGAGGAGGAGCAGGAGCAGGAGAAAAACAAAGAGCAUUCCAGAAAUAUUGAGAUAAAUGAAAAGCUGAUGGAAUGUGAGGAGGAAGAGUCUGAUAAGGUUUUAAUAGGAGAAAAUCAACAACAUGCUUUGAGUGCUUAUUACGCAAUGUCUUCAAAUCCAUCUUCUGAUGACAUAGAUAAGAUCUCGCAAAGAUUAGGUCUUCCCGUUCAUGCCAUACAAACUUGGUUUGAAAACAAGAAAGCACAACUUGAACAUGAAAGAGAUGCUCAUGAUGAUGAGGAUGAUGCUGAUGAAAAUCACACCCCAUUGGUUAACAGUCAUCAUGUUGAUUCCAGUGAUGAAAGUGACAGUAACCAUAGCAAUAUUGAGUCUUCCAGAAGUGAUCAGAUGAAAAGGGGAAAUGAUGAACCCGAUUGUGCUAGGCCAUUACAAAUUACGACAACACCACCGUAUGCAAAUAGACUUAGAACUGAUGACAAUCGCAAUUAUGGGGGGCUUUUGAUGGUGAGCAUGCCGCCGUUGGACACCUGCGAAAACGGGUUGAAUUUAUCCAAAAAAAAUGUUCCUCAUGAUGAACCAAUAGCUUUAACAAAAAAAAAAAUUGUGUCUGAACCUUCACCUCCGUCGCAAGAACGAACAAAAAACAAUGAGCAGCCGCUUGAUCUCUCAAUGCCCAAAAAAUUAAAAGUAUCAAGUAAAGCGAGACGAUUUCCUCAAACAUCGCAGUAUCACCAACAGCAAUUUGACGCAGCUCGGUCCGUGUUCCACAUGAAGGGUUAUCAUUCCACACCAAAUACUACUCCUGACUUCUACUUUAGUUCAUUUAAAGUUGAUCCUCGUUUGGCUCAACCAUACUUUGAAAAUAACAUCAAAGCUCAUUGCAAUGGACAAGCCCAUAACCCGUCUGCCGCCAGAAUCCUGACACAUGCUAUCGAACUGCCGCAUUUAUAUGCAGCACAUCACCACCCAGGAUUGCAUAACAGUCUACUGGCUGCUGCGGCACCCACGCAGGGCCCCACAAAGAAGUUGAAGUUGAUGGACAGCCUGGGCUUAAUGAGCACGGGAAGCCCUCCAGAUAUCAUGCCUGCUGGGAGACAUUUCAUGACGGAAGACGAGAUACGAAAUUCCCUCGGAUCGAAUCCCAUGUCUUCGUAUCAUCCUGGUGCUGUCCAUCGAGAUGACUCAUUGAGUGAAGGUAGUUUGGAUGAAUCUAUUGGUGAAUGUCGAACAAGACGGCGCAAAGACCGAUCAUCACGCACAAUUAAUGGAAUGUAUGCUUGCAGUCAGUGCCCCAAGACUUUUCAGAAACAUAGCUCGCUUUUAAGACAUGUCUAUGAACACUCAGGGAAACGUCCCCAUCAGUGCAAGGAGUGUGGCAAAGCAUUCAAGCACAAACAUCAUCUAAUGGAACAUUCACGUCUGCACAGCGGAGAGAAACCUUAUCAAUGCGAUAAAUGCUUAAAGAAGUUUUCACACUCAGGAUCCUACAGUCAGCAUAUGAACCACAGGUACAGUUACUGUAAACGAGAGGAUACGCUAAGACAGCUGAAAAAAGAAGCAUCAACCGAGGUCUACCGAGACUAAUUCUCAAGUUUAAUACUGGUUCUAUAU